AUGGCCCAAUAUGUGCACCAACAGCGCGCCGGAGGGUCGCUCGUGCGGCUCAGCCGAAGAGUUCCGCCCUCUUCCCCCCUGCAGGGGUUUUGCACGUCCAGCAUGUCCAGAAGCACCGUCAUGCAUGCGCUUGUUGCGUACUACUUCCUCGGCAUCAAGCGCACUGCCAUUGCUCGUCUAUUUAGCAAGUCUGUGAGUACCAUCUCCAACUGGAUCCAACAGCAUGAAAAGACAUGCCCAACAUAUUUGUCGGCUAGUUGGCAGGGGCCGGGAUUGUUGUUGGGAGGUGAUUGUGAUGACCGCGUGUUGUACCGAGGAUUUUUGUGGUGCCCGUGA